AUCUUGAUGAUGAUUAUCAUUUGGAUGAAUAUUGUAGUAAUGAUCGAUGGUAGUAAUUCAAUCAUUGUGCAUCGAUUUAAUCUAAAUCAAACCAAAUGGUUCGAUGUACGAUAUCCAUAUAAAGCCAUUUAUGGUUUACCAAAUUCAUUGAAAUGUCAACAAUCAAUCUAUGAACGAUUCGAUCAAUGUGAAAAAACAUCACAAUCGGAUUGGAAAAUUACUAUUGAUGAAUAUUUUUAUGAAACAAGAAAAUUUUGUUGUUUCAUUUGGCAAACAAUGAAUUGUGAAAUUGAUAUCGCUAAACAAUGUAAUCAAAUUUAUUCACAAAGACUUGAAAAGAAUACAAUAAAAACAUAUCAAACAUUAUGCAAUCAUAUUGGUUAUGGUUAUAAAGGUUGGUCAUGUUGGUGGACAGAAGAACGAAAAAUUUUUGUCAUGACUAUAGUUGGUAUUGUUAUGAUAUUCCUAAUGAUAUUAUGUACAGUUAUUGCUUUAAAACAACAUGGAAAUUAUCAAUUACAAAACAAAGUAAUAGAAGAAGAAAUUCCAACCAUAAAAGAAAUUGGAAAUCCAACAAAUUUCAAAUAUAGAUUGCAUUUGGGUCAACAUAGGCCACAUAAAUGUAUAAAGGUUAAACCAUUUCUUGAAACAAGAUUUGGAGAAUUUAUAAUAAACAUACCUGAUGAAUGGUAUGGUGGUUAUCCACCGCCCACAAUAUCAUCACCAUCACCGCCACCAUCAUCACCUGCAUCAACAAUACCACAUUCAAUGACACAUAUUGAACAAACGAUUCAUGCAAAUGCACUUCGAGAUGCAUUAAUAAAAUUAAAAACAUUAUAAAAAUAAUAAUAAUUUUAAUAAUAAUAAUAAUCUAA